AGGACGCGGCCCCGGCGUGCGAGUAUGUCGGGCCGGGAGGAGGGCUUGCUCGGACUGGCCGGGGGAGGUUCACACUGAAGCUAGGGCUAGAGACAGAGGAAGAGGGAACGCUGCCGGAAGCGGCGGAGGCGCUGGGAGCCCGCGGACAGCAUGUAGCUGGGUGACAGCGACUGGAGCGCUACGCAUCCGCGGGCAGUCUGCCUCGGGUGCUGAGGAGCUGGUGCAGCGGGUCCGGAGCCUCUUCUGGGAGGCGGAGUGGGGAGCGGUAGCUGCGCCUCGUCUCUGCGCUUCCCCACUCUCCCCUCUGUCCCCGGCGCCGUCCCUCGGCGCGGCCCUCCCUCAGCCGCCCGCCCCUUCACCGCCGGCCGGGGGGCUGCGGCCGCUGCCAUGGGGUUGCCCACGUUGGAAUUCAGUGACUCCUACUUGGACAGCCCGGAUUUCAGGGAGCGCCUGAAGUGUCACGAGAUCGAGCUGGAGAGGACGAACAAGUUCAUCAAGGAGCUGAUUAAGGAUGGCAGUCUCCUCAUCGGAGCUCUGCGAAAUUUAUCCAUGGCAGUGCAAAAAUUUUCACAGUCUUUACAAGAUUUCCAGUUUGAGUGUAUUGGAGAUGCUGAAACUGAUGAUGAAAUUAAUAUUGCCCAGUCACUGAAAGAGUUUGCUCGGCUUCUGAUUGCUGUUGAAGAGGAGAGAAGACGACUGAUCCAGAAUGCUAAUGAUGUGCUAAUAGCACCGCUGGAGAAGUUUCGCAAAGAGCAAAUAGGAGCAGCAAAAGAUGGGAAGAAGAAGUUUGACAAGGAAAGUGAGAAAUAUUAUUCCAUCCUAGAGAAGCACUUAAAUUUAUCAGCAAAGAAGAAAGAAUCUCAUUUGCAAGAUGCAGAUACACAGAUUGACAGAGAACAUCAAAACUUUUAUGAAGCAUCAUUAGAAUAUGUUUUUAAAAUUCAAGAAGUACAAGAGAAAAAGAAAUUUGAAUUUGUAGAACCUCUCUUGGCCUUUCUUCAAGGAUUAUUUACAUUUUACCAUGAAGGAUAUGAACUGGCUCAGGAGUUUGCACCAUACAAGCAGCAGCUGCAGUUCAAUUUGCAGAACACCCGGAAUAACUUUGAAAGCACUAGGCAGGAAGUGGAGAGACUCAUGCAAAGAAUGAAAUCAGCCAACCAGGAUUACAGACCACCAAGUCAAUGGACAAUGGAAGGCUAUCUGUAUGUGCAGGAGAAACGACCUCUUGGAUUUACAUGGGUAAAACAUUACUGCACUUACGAUAAAGGAACAAAAACAUUUACAAUGAGUAUAGCUGAAACAAAAUCUGGUGGAAAAGUGAAUGGCCUUGUUACAAGCUCACCAGAAAUAUUCAAGCUAAAAUCUUGCAUCAGGAGAAAGACAGAUUCAAUUGACAAACGUUUCUGUUUCGAUAUUGAAGUAUUCGAGAGACCUGGAAUCAUCACACUGCAGGCUUUUUCGGAAUCUAACCGAAAACUUUGGCUUGAAGCUAUGGAUGGAAAGGAACCAAUCUACACCCUGCCAGCAAUUAUUAGCAAGAAGGAAGAAAUGUUCUUAAAUGAAGCAGGUUUCAACUUUGUAAGGAAAUGUAUUCAUGCUGUAGAAACAAGAGGUAUUACAAUCCUGGGGCUGUACAGAAUAGGUGGUGUAAACUCCAAGGUGCAAAAGCUGAUGAAUACCAUAUUUUCCCCUAAAUCUCCUCCUGAUAUGGAUAUUGAUAUGGAACUUUGGGACAAUAAAACAAUAACAAGUGGACUAAAAAACUACCUCAGGUGUCUUUCAGAACCAUUGAUGACUUUCAAGCUGCACAAAGAUUUCAUUGUUGCUGUUAAGUCAGAUGAUCAGAACUACAGAGUUGAGGCAGUGCAUGCACUUGUGCACAAGUUACCAGAGAAGAACAGAGAGAUGCUGGACAUCCUUAUCAAGCACUUGGUCAAGGUAUCAUUACACAGUCAGCAAAAUCUUAUGACUGUAUCCAACCUUGGUGUUAUCUUUGGACCAACUCUGAUGAGAGCUCAAGAAGAAACCGUGGCUGCUAUGAUGAACAUUAAGUUUCAGAAUAUCGUCGUUGAAAUUCUGAUAGAGCAUUAUGAAAAGAUAUUUCACACUGCACCAGACCCCAAUAUUCCUCUACCCCAACCUCAGUCCAGAUCAGGUUCAAGAAGGACAAGAGCAAUUUGUCUCUCCACGGGUCCACGUAAACCUAAAGGAAGAUAUACACCGUGUCUUGCAGAUCCUGACAGUGACUCCUACAGCAGUAGCCCAGACAGCACUCCCAUGGGCAGCAUUGAAUCUCUCUCUUCUCACUCCUCUGAGCAGAACAGCACCACCAAAUGCACGCCCUCGCAGCCCAGGGAGAAAUCAGGAGGGAUUCCAUGGAUUGCCUCUCCUGCUUCUUCUAAUGGCCAGAAGAGUUCAGGCCUCUGGACUACAAGUCCAGAAUCCUCAUCAAAGGAGGAUGCAACCAAAACAGAUGUGGAGUCAGACUGCCAAAGUAUAGCUUCUGUCACUGGACCAGAGAAUGCCUCUCCACCAACAGACCUGACCAAAAAGAGUUCUUGCAGUCUCUCUGGGCUGAAAAGGUCUUCAGCAUCUUCCCUUAGAUCAAUUCCAUCAGCUGAAGGUAACAAAAGCUGCAGUGGAUCUGUACAGAGUUUAUCUUCAGCAGAUACCAAAGAUACACCAAAGGCUCUAUCAAACCCUGAUUUGCCUCCCAAAGUGUGCAGGAGAGCAAGAUUAGAUACUGCAUCAAGUAAUGGCUAUCAAAGACCAGGAUCUGUAGUGGCUGCAAGAGCACAGUUGUUUGAAAGUGCUGGUUCACUUAAGCAGGUUUCUUCAGGACGACAAGCAAAAGCCAUGUAUUCCUGUAAGGCUGAACAUAGUCAUGAGCUGUCUUUCCCACAGGGGGCAAUAUUUUCUAAUGUGUAUCCAUCAGUGGAACCAGGCUGGUUAAAAGCAACUUACGAAGGCAAAACAGGGCUCGUUCCUGAGAAUUAUGUUGUCUUCCUCUAGUAAUCUUUAGUGGACAGCAGUAUCUUCAUGGUAUCCAUGGUAACAAAUAAUAAGCACUAUGAUUUUUAUCUGACACAGAUAUGGGAUCAGCCCGUUAGCUGAGUGGUAGAUUUCCGUCAGAAAAAUGCAGCUGCAAGUUACACAGCUCCCUACCAACGGAACAGAAUGUAAUGAAACAGUUAACAGUUUCUGUACUGAAGACGGUACUCUGUUUAAAUAACUUCCAUUGUUUGCAAAAGGUUGUUCUGUUCUUCUUUUAUGGGUAAGGAUCACUAGAGCUAUAAAAUCAAAAAGUUGCUAUUUAGCAGCAGACUUUCAGGUCCUAGGAUGUUGCUCACAGAAGUGUGAAAUUUAGAGGCAAUGCACUCUGUGACAUUUCUUGCAAUCUGUGGGGUUUUAUUAUGGAAAAUUGUUUGGUUUUUUUUCCAUAAUGUAAGUAAUGCUUCUAUUGUGAUCUGAAUGCUCUCUUAGAAAACUUAAUUCUAAAAUUAGUCCUAACCAUUUCAAAUAAGAAAUAAGUUUUCCAUAAAUCAGAAGUUUGAGUUUCUGUUAGUCACUGAGAUUACAAUAAGGUAUAGAAUUUAUACAACUGAUAAUAAAAUCAGUUUAUAUACUGCCUGAGCAGAAAAUGCUCAUUCAAAAUGUGAUAUUUUUAAUGAAUCCUUCAUUCAAAUGCUUCUUAAGAUUUAUUCCCUUCUUUCUGUAUUGGUAUACAUAAUAAUAACUUUUGUUUCUAUGAUACCCAUCAUCUGGAAGAUAUUGUCUCUCAGCACAACAUCUGUAGAAAACAAAGAGAUGCUGACUCUGGAGUGACUUGUAGUCAUGUGAAGUGAGCAGUGAAAAACAGCAGUAUGUUUUGAAACCAGAGAUAAACUGGAGCUGAGUCCUUGUUCAACUUUUUCCAUUGCAAAUAAGACAAAUGGCCUGUGAAGUGUCUAAUUUUAUAAGCUAUGAAUGCUGAAAGCUCCAUCCAGGAAUAAAAGUAUUAUUUCGCCCAACUUCUGCCAAACUGUUUGACAAAGAUUUCUCCCCUUUGAUGGAAUAAAAAAUUCAAACCAAACUAAAAAAAACAAACAAACAAAAAAAAACCCAUAAGCAGCUUUCUCAGUCAUGAGCAUCUUUCUUGCACAUCUUGAGGAAAAACAUGUACUGCUACUUGGCUAUGUACCAUGCCUGAUUGAAAAGCAAGAUAUUUAAGCUCCAUAUUAGUAACUCUUCAGAAUUAGUGCUAAACUUCUGUUGGGACUGAAAACAUCAGUAAUCUUUCUGUAGACUUUUUCUUGUUUAAGAUAGAAAAUCUUUUUUUUCUUUCCUUUUUUUUUUCUUUCUUUUUCUUUUUUCCUUUUUUUUUUCUUUUUCCAUCUUAAACACAUCAGAACCUUCUUUACGUGUAUGUAGUGUGUAGUUUCUGUAGAGCUGUUCUGUGUUGGAAUUCAGACGGGUGCCAAAAGCCUGCAGGAUCUUUCUCCUCACUAAUUAAAGUGGUGAUCAGAGAACAAGGGAGGCUGGAAGAGCAUCCUCCCAGAAAUCAUCUAGCAUUUUUUUUCUCAGAGGGGAUUCUGGACAAGGCUGACUGCAGGCAGUUGAGGACAGACCCCUGGAAUUAGUGACUGAGUGAUUUGGGUUCUUCCUUCAUUCUAAACAGUUUUAUUAAGUCUCAAAUCAUGUUUCACUUCACCUUAAGACCAGACUGUGUUCAGUGAAUUGAAUGCUUGUUCCAGCUAUUGUCACAGGCAGUGAAGGCAGACGUGCUCAUCUAAUUUGCCCAGAGCAGACGUGAAAGGAAGUGAAGGUCUUUUCUCACCAGAUUGAGGUUUUUUUAGUCUUAAGGCAAGCCAAGUUUUCUUAGUGUAAGCUAUGCCUGAAACUGAUAUUGCCCUGAGAUCAUUGGCAUGGUUUUGGUUCUGGUUUUGCUGUAUUUCACAAUCCAAAAAUUGCAGGCUGUCAAAAGGCUUCCUUCUGAUGAACUCCCCAGGAGAAAUGCUGCUGAAGGCAAAAGCAGCAGAGAGGGAGGCAGAGCUUUGAGCAUACAUCUUACCCAGGCAGAAAUGCCGUGGUCUAGGGAAGAAUCCCAACUUCUAUCUAUUCCACCAGGGCCAGUGUCAAACUGACCUCUGGAACAUCCUCUGAUGACCUGUUAUACCUCUUGGGAGCAGUUAAAUGUUGUGAAAUUCUUGAGGAAUGGUGAAAUAGAAAAUGUUUGCUCUUGUGUUGCUUUACCCUAAUUUAAAAAGCAGGGGGGAAAUAAUCUUAGGUCAUCUCAUAGCCUGUGUGUAUUUCUGCCUACUCUUCAAUAUUGUAUUUUGAAGCCAGCUGAUCUGAGGAGUCAAAGAUGCCAAGUUCAUUACAGGCUUUGUAAAAAUGCAAGUUCAGUUACAGAUUAAGCAGGGCCUGUAUCUACUGAGGGAAAGGUUGUAGAAAUACCUGGAGGUGUUUUGUAUGUUCCCAUGCAUUCAUCUCACAUUAGACACAAAAUAGAAUUGCAGAAGUCAACUUCAUAAAAACUGGAUACCAUUCAUUCUGCUGCUUACAAAACAUCUGUAUUUUCCUCUGUAAGACUCUACACUGUUUCAGGCCCUUCUUCUGAACAGGCCAUGAUGAUCACAUAAAUAAUUUUGAAGUAGCUUAGCUUUAAACUGGCAUUUUGAUCUGAAAAAGGUUAUGCCCCUUCUUAAUCAGAGUGAACCACACACUCUCUAUUACUAGGAUUUUCUUCUUUUUUAAUAUUUUAUGAGGGGUUUUUUUUUCCUUUUUUCUGUAUGUAACAAGCACUUUUUGUAUAAUCUCACUGCUGGGUUGUGGAUGCUCCAGCUCUUCCUUGACUUUCUAAGAGAGAGUUCGUCUCUACAAGAAGCUGUACAUUUAACUGGAAAGUUAAGUACUACGUACUCAAAGACUGAAAUGGGGAGAGCACAACACCAAAGCUUAUUCAAUGAUGAUACUCUCAGGCCUGACCAAAAGUCCCUUCUGAUAAUUGCAAAGGAACAGAAAUCUAUAUAACAUUUAAAUGAAGAUACAGUAUCUUGAUAGCGCCAUACCAGAAAAUUAGGCAAGCUGAACUAAAUUAGUUCAUAGUACUGAUUUACUGGGUUUUAUGGAAGUCAAAUUCAAUUUUCCAGCAAAGGUUACACAAUUUUUCAAUUAUUAUUAUCCUUCCUAAAAACAUGCAGCAGUUUUUGUCCAGAUAUCACUGUAGAACUCAAGGUAGAUGACACGUUGUGAUUGCUGUUUGUCCUGUGGAAGUAGCCUCUCUACCCACAAUUUACUUAAUUAGCCAUGUUUUUAUUUUAUUAAACCUUUUGAUGCAUGUUGCAGCACAACAUGAAUCAAAUUAAUAGUGUGAAGGACUGAUAUAUUGUAUGAUAAAUAUGUAAAGUAUAAUAAUAUUUUAUAUUCACACUUUUUAUUAAUGAUGAUAAAGAUGAAAAAAUAUUUUUUGUGUAAUCCCUAUAAGUUCAGUAUUAAAAUGUCCUUGCCAUAUUUUGGCAUAUAGAGUUAUAUGUAACAAAACUUUUAAAUUAAACCAUAGCUAUCACUUACAUCCCUAACUAAUCUGUAUAGUUCAUUGUUCAAUUAUUUCUGUAAAAAAACAAAUGCACAGAUUUGCUGGCCAUGCUAUUCUGUGAUAGUAAUAGUAACUUAUUUUCCUUUCGUAUGUUUGCUGGUGCUAAUCUUUAUUCUUUGCCUGUAAUUGGAUUGAAUUGUAAUGUGCCUUUAGGAAAGACAUGUUUGGAGAGGAAAAGUUGCAAAAUUCAGCAGUUCAGAACAAUAAUGCAAAACAAAGAAAGAAAAAGCAUUGUAUGGCAGCAGUUGGAUUUUUUUGUUACAUUUCUCCACUGGUCUAUUUUCUACUUAAUAAGAUUGCAUCAGAAUAAAUAAUGAAACUAAAAAGCAUUUUGUUCUUUGUACUUCUUUUCCUAAGGCAGCAGUUUAUGCCAUUUUGGAUUGAGCAGCAAGAAGCAAAAUCCCAGUAGGGGUCAGGUCCCCUGGACUGGGGUGGACCUUCUCCACUGACAGAAACUCUCAAAGCUCUAACAAAGUCAAAGACAGACCUUUAACAAUUUAUUGUGAGGGUUUGCUGGCCAGAAUCCCCCAGGAAAGUAAAUGGCAUAUUCUGUUAAUGAGGUAACAUAUGAUAUGGUUUAGCAUUACUCUUUCUUUCAGCAGAGUGCUCUAGAUAGAUUACUCAUCACACUAUCUAGGGAUGAAGCUAUAGGCAGUGUUCAGUCUCACUGUUUGUGGUCAUACAGCCCUGACAGCUGCAGCCCUUCCAGUUACUGCUCAUGCUAAAAUCAGACUGUUGAUCAGCCUCUUCAGUGCAAGUUGGGAGGUCUGGUUUUAGGAUAAGAUUUUGCAUGGGCUUUGGGCAUUUGCUUCAUUUUGCUUUAAUACAGUGCUUGGUAUCCAAACAGCUACUAAUUCACUGUUGUAAUUCAGUCUCUGAAGAUUAUAGCAUUGUUUUUCUUGUCCUGUAUGUGGCAGUAUUUAAUAAGCCAUUGGAUUACCCUUGUUAAUUUUAAGUGUAGAAAAUGGUGCUGGUGUCUCAGCUGAAUGCUACUCUGCAUCUGAGCUUUUUGCGAGUGUUUUAUUGGGAAUUAUUGUCAAAGUUCUGACUCGAAAGAUAGCAGCAUGAUCUCAGCACUGUUUUUGUUAUAGCAAAGGGCAAAGCAGCUGAACAGGGUAGUUUCAGUUUUCAAUCGUAUUUAUGAUAAUUUUGAAGGUAUUAGAGUUUAUAGGGGUUACUUUAGAUACUACAUGGGAUUUUAAUAGUAAAGUAUAUGCAAUCAAUAGCUAUAUAUAUUUAAUAAAGUCCUACUAAAUUAUGUUAUUGAACUCUCUGUUUAUUUUGUAGUGUGGUUUCAGAAAUUAUCUGCACUCUGUAUAUAGCUACAUGUAAAUAACUGGCAUGACGUGCAUAAGCUGAGUUGCAGACAUAAUUUGAUGCUGUAUUUUACACUGUAUUUCCAAAAUUUGAAAGAAAAAAACAAAACCUGAUUUUCAAAAUAAAAACCUUUCUACA